GAGUACACAUGAAAAAUGCACAUGAGGAGACAGUUGAGAGGGACUUAUUUUUUUGGUGUAAUAGCAUUUAUUUUGCAACCAAAGUGUGCUCAUGUGUGUAAGUUUUUAGGGAAAGGAAGAGUUCCAGGAAAAAGAUGAUACUAUUUAAAAUGAGUAUUAACCUUUCAAAAGAAAAACAUGCUCAUCUUACCACAGGUUGCUCAGGUUUCUUUUGAGGAAGGUUGGCUGAUUAAAGUACAUAGAUCCUGUACAUUCACCUUAAAUCUGAACCCUAAACCUUGCACAGUAAGUAGUCUCUAAAAUUUGCAGCUGUUAGACCAGUUGAGCCUGUAUCACCUGAAUCUAAACUCAUAGGAUCCUGUUGACUUCUCUAACAUGUUUUCCACCAGUUGGGAGAUUAAUUUACUCAUAAAGUGAAGUUGAUGAAGCUUGUUUUUCUUGGAACCUUUGACCUGGAAGUGAUCCCUCGUGUUACUGGUUUAUGCAUCCACUUCUGGGAAAGGCUGCAGUGAUACCAUUCCAUAGGGUUCACUGGGUUUCCUUUUAAAUCAACAUGUUCUGAGAAUGAGAGUCCUCAGGCUUCUUUAGUGACAGGGUGUUACAUAUUUCACAGGCUGUGGGGGCUAUUGCAUCUCUCUCUACUCCUGUGGUUGUUUUUGUCUGUGUUUAAUCCCACAAAGACCACCAGGUAUAGCUUGGCCAAGAAUGUGUUGAUGCCUUCAUAAUAUUUAAAAGAAAAAAAAAAGAAUGUGUUGAAUGGGGAUUACAUUCUAUAUCUUUUCCUAUGUCUCAGUGCCUUGUGAGAUAACUCUGGGUGUCUCCUGAUGGGCAGGAUGACAGGUCUCUGUUGAUACUGCAUUACAGGGGAGUUUUAGGCAGGAACAACCUACAGACUCUGAAGUAGCUGAGGAUCACUUGGGAUGUCUGCCUUACAAGAGUUAAUGAGCAUGACUCAAGCAGGUUAAUAAUAUUCCUCAGCAGCCAUUUGGGACGGCUUCCACUGCCACCAUCCACACAGGCUAACGCAGGGCAUGUAGUAAACCGCCCCAGUGGGAUCUGGAACGGAAUGAAUUUACAAGGACAAUCUGAAUUUAUGGGGGACAUUUAUAGGGACAAUUUGGAAUAGACUUACAAAGCCAUUCCUGGCGGCGAGAGACUUGUUAGCUGCCAGAAAGGUAGGCAACACGACUUUCCACCCACUUCCUAGUGUGAUGCGAAGUUCCUUCCUAUGCUCCACGGGGGAAGGCAGGGCCGCCCCGCCCACGGUGGCGGGAAAAUUCCGAGGCUUGGAAAUGCCGCGACAGGGUUCGGGUCCCUGUCAGACUUUCCGCUCUGCACGAGACCCUGCGCGCUCCAGUCCCGCAGGCAGCCCGCGAUGGGGAUGCCGUCCUUGCUGCUCUGCGGGCUGUCCAUCGCUCUUCCAGUGUUUGUCAGAGCAGAUGUGUGCAAGGACAUUUAUAAGCCAGAAGAGAUGGCUUCAGUGGGCCAGCCUUUUGCUUUUAAUUGUACAUACCCUCCGAUAACAUCAGGGGAAGUCGAUGUAGCAUGGUAUAAUAAUUCUAACAAAACCCUAAUAUCUAAAAACAUUAAGUCUAGAAUUCACCAGGAGCAGACUUGGAUUUUGUUUUUACCCGUUGCCUUGGGGGACUCAGGAAUCUACCGAUGUGUUAUAAAGGGUAGAGACAGCUGUCACAGAAUACACAUAAACCUAACUGUGCAUGAAAAGUAUUGGUGUAGUGACACUUACGGACACAGUCUACCGAAUUUAUCCGAUGAGUACAAACAAACACUACAAGUUGGAAAUGAUGACAGUCUUAUCUGUCAUCUGAACUUUCCGAAGAGUUGUGUUUUUUAUCCAAUCAAAUGGUAUAAGGACUGUAAAGAGAUCAAAGGAGAGCGGUUUACUCCUCGGGGAAUCAAGCUUUUGGUGAACAACGUCUCGGCAGAGGACAGAGGGAACUACGCGUGUCUAGCCAGACUGAUACACAUGGGGAAAGUGUACAUGAUUUUAAAUGGCAUCACUGUGAACACCACAGAAAGAACUGGCUAUGGAGGAAAUAUCCCUAAAAUCAUUUAUCCAAAAAAUAAUUCAAUUGAAGUGCAGCCUGGCACCACCCUUAUUGUGGACUGCAACAUAACCGACACGAAGGAUAACACAAACCUGCGAUGCUGGAGAGUCAACAACACUUUGGUGGAUGAUUACUACAAGGAAUCCAAACGAAUCGCGGAAGGAAUCGAAACCCAUGUUCCUUUUCAGAAACAUAAUUUGUACACGGUAAACAUAACCUUCUUCGAAGUGAAAAUGGAAGAUUAUGGCCUUCCUUUCAUGUGUCAUGCGGGAGUGUCCACGGCAUACAUUAUGCUGCAGCUCCCAGCUCCCGAUUUUCGAGCUUACUUGAUAGGCGGGCUGGUCGCCUUGACUGUUGUCGCUGUGUCUGUCGUGUGGCUCUACAGCGUUUUCAAGAUUGACGUUGCACUUUGGUAUAGAAGUGCCUUCCAUUCUACCGGGACCACGGAAGAUGGGAAGCUGUAUGAUGCGUAUGUCUUAUACCCCAAGCCUCACCAAGAAAGCCAGAGCCACGCCGUGGACACACUGGUGUUGAAGGUCCUGCCUGAGGUGCUGGAGAGACAGUGUGGAUACAAGUUAUUUAUAUUUGGCAGGGAUGAAUUUCCUGGACAAGCCGUGGCCGAUGUCAUCGAUGUGAGCAGCAGGCUGUGCAGGAGGCUGAUCGUCAUCCUGGUUCCCGAAUCGCUGGGCCUGGGCCUGUUAAAGAACAUGUCGGAAGAACAAAUCGCCGUCUACAAUGCCCUUGUCCAGGACGGGAUCAAGGUCAUUCUGAUCGAGCUGGAGAAAAUCGAGGACUACGCGGCCUUGCCGGAGUCGAUCCAGUACAUCAGGCAGAAGCACGGGGCCGUCCAGUGGAGCGGGGACGUCUCAGGGCAGCCGCAGUGUGCAAAGUCCGCGUUUUGGAAGAAAGUGAGGUACCGCAUGCCACCCAGGAGGUAUCCGCCUCGUUCUCCCAUCCAGCUGCUGCGGCACACGCCCCAUGGCCACACGGCCGGUGGCGGGGAGGACAGUCCCAGGCUCAUCACGCACUGAUGGAUACUCGUCAUCCUGUGGUGGCUCACACUGGGCGAGGAUGCAUUUCCCGGGGGCUGUCCACCCCCGAAGCUCGUAGUUAGGGACUUGUGAGAGGGUCUGUGUUUGUCAUUGUGCAUUUGCUUGGAUCAUGCUAUUUCCUCAGGGAGAAAUGUGGCUUCUCCAGAAGGCCUGCUCAACCUGGUGGCUCACGGAUGCUGGCAGGCACUCGCUGUGUCACCGGGGAGACACGGUGUCGUGGCCCGCUUACAGGAUGGAGGACGAACGCAGAACACAAAACACAAACGCAGACCACGAGGAAAAACGCGGACACACGUACAAACGGCUGACUCGAGUAAUAAUAAAUAAUACACCGGGUCAGUUUUAUUUUUAUACUCUAAAAGAUUAAAGUUAGU